UUUAAUCAGUUGCAAUAUUAGUUUUAUCAGUUUAUUGACUUGAUAUUGGACUUAAAUAAGUAAAUAAGAAUACAACACUACAUGGAUAAAAGUUCAAACGGGGAGAAGAAUGAAGGAAAAAAUCUGAAUAGAAAAAAUGUAGACGAACCUAUUACUGCUAAGCCCCCGGAUGGAGGAUGGGGCUGGGUCGUGGUGUUCAGUUCGCUGAUGUGCAACAUUCUAGUGGACGGUAUAGGACUUGCCUAUGGUGUACUGCUUCCUAAAUUUGCAGAAUACUUCCAGACUUCUAAGAGUAAAGUAUCCCUUGUUGGAUCUUUGUUGAUAGGAAUGUAUUUAUGUGCAGGUCCAAUAGUUAGUGCGCUGGUAAACAAGUUUGGAUGUCGUCCGGUUACAAUAGCAGGAAGUGUUGUGGCUGCUGUUGGUUUUAUUGCCGGAUCAUUUAGCCCCAAUUUGGAUAUACUCAUACUGACAUAUGGUGUUAUUGGAGGUUUUGGUUUCGGAAUGGUGUACCUGCCCUCAAUUGUAAGUGUAGGAUAUUACUUUGACAAAAAGCGCCCCCUUGCAACAGGUAUUGCCGUGUGUGGUUCCGGUAUUGGUACAUUCAUAUUCUCACCGUUAUUGGAAUAUUUAUCAGAAGUAUACGACUGGAGAAACUUGCUACGAAUUAUGGCAGGAAUAAUCCUAAAUGGGGCAGUAUGUGGGAUGUUGAUGAGACCAAUUAAAUCGAAGAAUAACCAAAAUAUGUUGGAAAGUUCAUCAGAUGUUAGCUCUGAUUCGGGAAUUAAAGUUGACAAGAAAAGGCUGGACUCAAGUUCAGAUGCCACUUCCGAUGUUACGAAAUUCGACCAGAAAAAGCCUGAAAUUGACUCAGACAUAGAUUGUGAUACUGUAAGCGAACAUUUGUCUAAAGAAGGAAUUCACCUCCGGGAAGUCCAACCCUUUAUUCACGUAGAACAAAAACAAAACGUUCAUCGGAUAAACAGACGAUCUAGUUCAUUGAAUGAUUUAUCCCAGUUUCAGAGAUCUAAUUAUACCGAUAAGCGGUGUGCCUAUCGCGAUAGAAUGAAACUAGUUAGAACACAUGAAAUUAUCUACAGCGGGAGUAUGUUGUACAUUCCACAAUUCCACUCACAUCCAAAUCUUGUACAUACAAAUUCAGUAUAUUCGAUCCAGUCAUCAUACUCACAGCGAGUCACAUUCUGGGACAGAUGUACGUGUCUACCAGACACCGUUCUCACAAUAUUAAAAGAAAUGUUAGAUUUCUCUUUAUUACUAAAUAUUCCAUUUUUAUUACUUUGUAUAGGGAAUAUAUUUGCAUGUACUGGAUUCUUUAUUCCAUUUUAUUUCCUAGUCGAUAGAGCACUUAUAUUGGGAACACCGAAUACUCAGGCAGCUUUUCUUCUUUCUAUAAUUGGUAUAACUAAUACAAUUGGACGACUAUUGUCAGGAAUGGUAGCGAAUCUGAAGAACGUCGAUGCUUUAGUUGUAAAUAAUAUAGCCCUUCUGAUAGCAGCUUUGACUUUAUUUCUACAGCCACUGUGUACAGUAUAUCCUGCACUGGUAGCAUUCAGUGUAAUAUUUGGUUUGAGUGUAGCCGCAUUUAUAUCUUUAACAUCUAUCAUACUAUGUGAUUUACUGGGACUAAAUCGACUUGCUAAUGCAUUCGGUCUGUUGACUCUUGCUCGUGGGAUAGCUGGCAUAGCAGGACCACCAGCAGCAGGAGCUGUUUUUCAAGCAACUGGAAAUUAUGAUGCCUCAUUUUACUUUGGUGGAGGAAUGUUCUUUGUUGGAGCAUUAUUACACUUAAUGUUACAUUUACCUUUUAUAAAACGUCUUAACGACGCUGGCAAACAGGAAACAAUUGUAAAAGAGACAUAUGAGGAAGAUGAAGAAUGCUAAUAUUGUUUUUAUUAUUUAUAUUAAUAUUUGUGAAUAUUUUACUACGUCGUUAUAUUUAUAUUUUUUGAAAUAAAACCGGUUAUAUUAUGUU